AUGUUGAAUCCUCAUAGAACUAAAGUGAAAACCAGUGUGGAAUGUAAGGGUGACAGUAACAAUAAGGAUAACAGUGAGAGUAACAUUGAGAGUAAUGAUGAGAAUAACAGUGAGUGUAAUGGUGAGAAUAACAGUGAGAGUCACAGUGAGAGUAAUGUUGAGAGUAAUGAUGUGAACAACAGUGAGAGUAACGGUGAGAGCAACGGUGAGACUGAUGGUGAGAGUAACAGUGAGAGUAACGGCGAGACAAAUGGUGAGACUAAUGGUGAGAGUAAUGGUGAGACUAAUGGUGAGAGUAACGGUGAGACUAAUGGUGAGAGUAAUGGUGAGAAUAACAAUGAGAAUAAGGGUGACAGUAAUGGUGAGGAUAACAGUGAGAGUAACAGUGAGAGUAACGGUAAGAGUAACAGUAAAAAUAACGAUGAGAAUAAGGGUGCGAGUAACAAUGAGAGUAAUAGUGAGAAUAUCGGUGAGAGUAAUGGUCAGAGUAGCAGUGAGAGUAACAGUGAGAGUAACGGUGAGAAUAGCAGUGAGAAUAGCGAUGAGAGUAACAGUAAUGUUGAGAGUAAUGAUGAGAAUAAGAGUGAAAGUAAUGGUGAGACUAAUGGUGAGAGUAACGGUGAGCAUAACGAUGAGAAUAAGGGUGACAGUAACAGUGAGAGUAACAGUGAGAAUAACGGUGAGAGUAAUGGUGAGAGUAACGAUGAGAAUAAGGGUAACAGUAACGGUGAGAGUAACAGUGAGAGUAACGGUGAGAACAAGGGUGAGAGUAACAGUGAGAGUAAUGGUGAGAGUAAUGAUGAUAAUAAGGGUGAGAGUAACACUGAGAGUAACGGUGAGAGUAAUGGUGAGAAUAGCAUUGAGAAUCAUGGUGAAAGUAAAGAUGAAAAUAAUGGUAAAAAAAAUGGUGAGGUCUGAUAUUCAGCUGAUCAUUACUGCACAAGGAGAAUGAGGUCAGACAUCUGAUCCCUCUUUAAACUGUAGAGUUCAGACCUGAAUUGUUAUCACUUCUAAAACAACAUUGUGUUUAAAUAGUGCUAAGAUGCUGUGAGUUUGAUACACAGAGUGUCGCGGACCCCUGGACUCACUUCCAUCCCACUCAGUCAGAAAUGAACAUUUUUGCUCAGAA